AUGUGGGUUAUUCAGCGAGCUACUUGUCUUGUUCCCUUUGGAUUCUUGAUGGAUGCAGCUAUCAUUGGAUGUCGACAAGGUUUUAUUCAUUUGGCUUCAUUGCAUGCGGGCUAUUCAGCAAGCUACUUGUAUUUUGGUCCUUUGGAAUAUUCAUCGAUGCAGGUAUCAUUGCUAAGUAUCGUUCUAUGUGUUCGGGAAAGUGUUUACCGUGCAUCGUUUAUAGGCGAAUCAUGCCAGGGUCAAAGAGCAACGUCUAUAGCAUCCUUCAGUGUCAGCUUGCCUUAUUACAUCGUUCGAUGGUUUUCGUUACUGUACCACCUAUUGGACACUUCCUUUUAUUUGCAUCUGCAGCGGCAAGGCAACAAGUUCUAUACCUUUUGGUGUCGCCAAGUUUUAUCUCGUCUUAUUGUGGUCCUAGUUGUUGACAACUCUUUCAAUGGAUAUCCUGCUACGCAUGCCUGUUAUCGGUGGAUCAUAUCAGCCACAAGCAAGAAGCAGCAAUGA